UUCUCUGCCCCAAAUACCCCGCGAUAGGACUCCAUCUGACCACUUAAAAGGUCUCGGCUAACCAAACAAACCUCAGUGACGACCUAAACGUGCGCUCAAGAACUUAGUGCGUAAGGAGUUAAAGAAAGAAACGGUUAGUGAAAGAACAAAGAAAACGAUUAACUAAAGCAAAAAUCUAUUACCUGCCAACGGAAGUGAAAGAAAACACAUAUACAUAACUCCAAAUUUGUAAUAACAGAGACAAGAUGGUGGCUGUAGAACUGUCCAAGAUUGUGGUGGUGACCAUCAAUAUCAUUUUCAUGAUAUUUGGCCUGGCCGUACUCAUAGUCGGUAUCAUCUUCAAAGUCGGCUGGGAUGAAGUCCGCGAUGCCUUCGUCGAUAACAGCGACAAAGUCGACUUCAACCUGCAGAAUGCUGGUGAUACCAUUGGUAUCGCUGCCAUCGUAUUCGGCUGCUUCAUGAUCCUGCUUUCGAUUAUGGGAUGUAUCGGUGGCUGCUGCAGAGUCCGAGUUCUCCUUGUCAUUUACGCCAUCGUCGUCCUCCUCCUCCUCAUUGGUCAGAUCGCCAUUGUUGGAUACGUAGCCGCCAACGGAAGUGACGCCGAAGACAAAAUAAAAGAAGGGCUGGAGAAGACACUGGAUGGGUACUACGAAGAUCAGAGGGAUUCCAAGUCCAAAGCCUGGAGCGCUGUAUUCUCCACGCUGUUGGUUGUGAUUAUGAGUUUCUAUCUGGUCUGCAAGAAAGACGACAGCGGGUAUACGGUUUAAACCCAUGGAGGAACCCCUCGAGACAAUGAAGAGAUCUACAACUUUAGAGAUUGAGCGAAAUAGACGAUAGCUGGAGAUUAUAGACAGUUCCACUACUUUAGAGAGUGAGGGAAACAGACGAUAGCUUAUGACAGUGAAGAGAUCUACAACUUUCGAGAUUGGGCGAAACAGACGAUAGUUUGAGACUACAGAGAUUUCUACUACUUUAGAGAGACAGUUGAGAUUUCGACUGGCACGAUAUAAUGUUCGAAAACGCUUUAGUAGCAUUUUAAAAUGAGAUAUGAUUGACACUUGGUUAAUAACUAAUUCUGCAGGAUUUAUUGGAGGGAAAACACAAAGUCGAACGGCAAAGAAUGAAACUAUUCAAAGUAGAAAAUAGAGGAACAGCUGUAUUAGAAAUGGAACUGAAACAGAAAAAUGUCCAGCCAAAAACAACUUUCAUAAAACGAAACAGAAAA